UCUAGUUAAGCAAUUACUCUGAAAUAAAAAGGAAAGAGUUCAAAGACAGAAGGAAUUAUGGCGCCAACGCACAGAAGAAAAUACUAUGAAACACUAACCUCAAAAUCAUAGAAGCAACAUAGGAAUUUCCAAGUAAUAACAUAUGUUAUGUUAGAACUUUCCAAUUUGUCCAAUCAUAUCAUUUUUAAUCCUAUAUUAUAUGUUAAAAGCUCUUUUCCCUUUUAUUCAAUCUCUCUCCACCUUACUUUGUUGAAAAAAAGAGGUUCUUUAACGAAAUUAUACUAGCUACAUCUUUUAUGAUUAGUGAUAUUGAAGAUUAAGCAAAGCACAAUUUUGAGAGUAAAUUCUAAUGGGGAAUUGCUUUGGAUCUCUGCCUGGUCUUUGAGAGUUCAAGUUUAUCUUGAGGGCCGUGUUUCUUUGAUUGUCUGUUCACUUUGCGUUUAUAUCAGAAUAUAUGCUGUCUCCUUUUAUGGGUCUUUUAGAAUUCAUAGAGUAUCUCGAUUCCUGCUUCAGAAAGUGAAGAAACUUUAUUACUAGUCUUGAGGGUUUUCUUUCUUCGUUUAUCCCACUAUUUUUAGACGUUAUCCAUUUCGAUUAGAUGUAUGAAUUAUCAUUUUGCUGAAAAAUUAAGGGCAGUAUUUUUGUUGUUAUUUUCUAGAUUGAGUUGAAUUCUCUUGUAUUUACAUGAUAUCCAUAUUUUAGGGACAUCAAAGAAUAACAGCAAUGGUGGAGGUCUUUCUGCGAUGAGCAGCAGUGCUGGGCUUAGCCGGUUUUCUGCUGCAGCAAGUGAUGAUACGUGUGUGUCCGGGGAGAUAUUGCCAACAUCAAAUUUGAAGGUUUAUACUUUCUCUGAUUUGAGGAAUGCCACAAAGAACUUCAAGUCUGACAUGAUUUUGGGGGUUGGAGGCUUUGGAACUGUAUUUAAGGGUUGGGUGGAUUCGAAGACACUUUUACCAUCCAAAGUUGGUACCGGAAUAAUGGUUGCUAUUAAGAAAUUGAACCCUGAGAGCACACAAGGGUUUGAAGAAUGGCAGUCAGAAGUCAACUUUUUAGGAAGGCUUUCACAUCCAAACUUGGUUAAGCUCCUUGGAUACUGUUGGGAAGAUAAAGAGCUUUUACUGGUAUAUGAGUUUAUGCAGAGGGGAAGCCUGGAAAACCAUCUUUUUAGAAGAAGUGUUGCAGUUGAACCCUUAUCAUGGGACAUACGGCUCAAAAUAGCUAUAGGAGCUGCUUGGGGCCUUGCUUUUUUGCACACUUCAGAUAAGCAAGUCAUCUAUAGAGACUUUAAGGCCUCCAACAUCCUGCUUGAUGAGAAUUACAAUGCAAAAAUAUCAGACUUUGGCUUGGCAAAAUUAGGGCCUGCAGAGGGGAAUUCACACGUAACAACCCGAAUUAUGGGAACACAUGGUUAUGCGGCACCCGAAUAUGUUGCAACAGGUCAUCUCUACGUAAAGAGUGAUGUAUAUGGCUUUGGCGUGGUGCUGCUUGAGAUGUUGACUGGUUUACGUGCACUUGAUACCAAACGACCUAGUGGCCGGCAGAAUUUGGUUGAUUAUGCUAAACCCUUUCUCUGUCAGAAAAGGAAACUAAUAUCCAUUAUGGAUGUACGGAUGGAGGGAAAAUAUUCUUCGAAGGCGGCAUUACAUGCAGCUCAACUCACUUUGAGAUGCCUUGAAUCAGAACCCAAAAAGCGGCCUUCAAUGAAAGAAGUUGCAGAGACGUUGGAGCAAAUUGCAACUAUUAGAAAACCAAAAGAAUCCAAAAGUAAGUCCGUGCAUUCUUCAUCUCAUCACCAUCACCAUGGAGAUAGAGUAGGAUCUGGAAGAUAAAAUGAACAAGGCCAAGCUAAUAUGUUCGAAAACACAAUUUGUAAGUUCCCACGUUAUAAUUUGUUCAAUUUCGAUUUAUUAAAAUUA